UUAUGUGAUUAAUUCUUAAAUUUCUUAAUUUUUUUUCCUCCUUUGUGUACCCUGUGGGAUCCUCUUGGCAGGUCUUGGAGGGCUUUGCCAACUGUUACUCAGCUCCUAGCAGAGUUUGUGUCACUGCUUGUGAGAGCUGGGCAGCACAUCCUCAGAGAUGCUGAGACACCUGUUCUGUGCAAAAGGGGUUUAGAAGCUGUGCUGUGUGAAGCACCCUCUCAGACUAAUCCCAGUGAGAUGCUCAGGCACCCUUAAAAUCUUCUUUCCCAGCCUUCAGUGCUCAGGGAAUUGCACUUCCCAGUUCUGUUUGAGGGGAGUGGGGGUGGAAAUAAAUCCACCUCUCAGGUUUCUGUGGUUGAAGUGACCCCUGAGGUAUAGAAAGUCUUUUUUCCCAGCCUCAAGACAGAAGAAGGAGUUGAGAUUCCUCAGUUCUGCUUUUCAAGGUUGUUUAUUUUCUCUUAUCUAUUGCAUUCCUUCUCUGACCUGCUGAGAUCUGUCCAGCAGGUCAGGUUGCAGCACAGCGCCUGCCCUUUGGGUGACGUUAACUUUUUAUACUAAGAACUGCAUGUACUUUAUUUGCAAUAAUCUUCCAAUACCUGUCACCUAUGUUAGACUGUCUCUAUUCUAAACCAAUCAAAAAGUGUCACCAUCACAGCAGAAGAUGGAGGACAACAAGAAGAAGAAGGACAGGACACACCCCGAUUCCUCCAUCUGGCCUCUCGAACCUCCAUUCUAAACCCCCAAAAUUCUACUUUUCCACCAUGUGACAAAUUAACUAUCAUUCUACACAAACUCUUGUGGCUUGUAAAUCUUCACAGAGAGUUGGUAAUUUUUUCCAUGGCCUAAAAUCGAAGGUACAGGUGUUUUUGACUCCGUGCCAAGGUCUCUGAGCCCCUUGCCAAGGUCUCGAGUCCUGCAGGGCAGCCAGAGGAAUGUCCUGGGUUUCAACAUCCAUUGCACUGUAAUGAUUUUACAGGACAGUUUUGAGCAGUGUUAGUGUUGGUGUUUUCUUGCUGAUUCCUUUUUUUCUGAGUAAGUUGUGUCAGCAGCUUCCUCCAAACCUGAGGAGCUUCAAGAGCUCUGCUGCUGUGCCAGUUCUUGGAGCUGAGCUCAAGCUUGGGCACGCUGAGCAGCUGUCACUCAGCCACUGGCAGUGCAGAGGGGAUAGAAGGAACCAAAGAGCAGGAAUUUGGGAUCUGGCAGGGGAAAGUGCCCCCUCCUGCUCUGGAGUGCUUGUUGGAAACCAGCAUGGUCCAGGGCAGAGAUGGCUUUGCUCCAGCCAAGGGACUGCUACAGAAUUUUAAUCCCGAGAUGUGGGAGCUGUAGUAGGGGAGAGCUGUAGGGAGUGUAGUAGGAAGCUGUAGUAGGGGAGACAGAAUUUCUCUCUUGAUUUUUGGAACAUUUCUUUCUGGCCCACCCAAAGCCUGGGCUCUGCAUCUAUAGUAUUGGUUGCUGAAUGACACUCCCCCUUGAUGCCUGUACUUGGGUGUGUGCACAUAUAUAUACUUAUAUAUGUUUGUGUGUAUGUAGCUGGAUAGUGUGGGAGCUGGUCAUGACAGAGCUGGUGUGUUACGAUAUGCAGUUGGAUGCUACCUCCAAAAUUUCUCCAAAUAAUUGGGCCUUCAUGUAUUUUCAGUCACACAGAUCUUGUACUUUAACUGUAAACCUGCAGCAAAGUCUUGGUCACAACAGCUGCCAGCUGAGGAAACACUUGCUGACUCCACAUUUGUCUCACACCUCUGGAAUUGCACCCCACAUCCUGGAGUUUGCACUUUCCUUCUCAGUUGCAUCCAUCAUAUCAAUCUCCCAGAGCCCAGCUUUGACCCUUUAAACAGCCAGUGACUGCUUCCAUACAGUUCUUGGGGAAAAAAGCCAGCCCUGGCCUUCCCCUUCCUCUUGCAGCCUGAAAACUGCACCACAUGCAGGUCUUUGCUCUUCCUGUGUGCCCUCAGAUUUUCUUACAGAAUCUAUGUCCAAAAUUGAAAAAAACUCCAGUAGCUGCUCCCUCAGAGAAGGUCCUGGAAGAAAGAGCCAGUGCUGGACUGUACCUUUCUUUUGUAACCUCUAAACUGCACUGAGGUGAUUCACUUUGCCUUCUUCAGGAUCCAAACAUGAAGCCCUCCCCUACUUGCUCCCACUAACAGUGCCAGGACAAAAAAGAUGUUGGCUUUUACCUUCCCACUGUCACCUGUGUAUUUCUGGACAAUUAAAUGUCAUGUGGUACUGCCUCAGAAACCCAAAGGGCAGAUCUGAAGCCAAAAGUGUCUGGACCCUACUGGCAAAAUGUGCCUGGACAAAAAGAAAUAAAUUUAUUUUGGAAGGCAAGCAGCUCUCCCUGGUGUUCCUGGUGCUGAUAAGAGGUUCCCCAGGGGAGGUGAAGGCCAGCACCUGCUUUCUUUCAUGGCAUUUCCAGUGUGGGAGCAAUCCCCUCCCAGGAGCCCUGCACCAAAAUUUGAGUGCUCCCUCCAGUGUUGAAUGCAUCCACCAGGGACUGCUCUAACACAGAAGUUCUCUCCAAGGAGCUGCUGCUGCUUUGUACCUCCCUGGGGCAGCACCUCCUGCACCACCAACGAUGGGGUGAGGUGCUGUCCUCAGCAGAUAAAGGCAUCCUCAUCCUCUUUCUGAAGCUCACCUGCAGUAUUUGGAUACCAGCUCCAAAACUGUGUGUGUCCAGGGAUCUCUUUCAGAGAAGCCUUUCCAGAACAGAAAGCUCAGUGGUUUAUGCCUCCCUAGGGAACCCUGUAAUGUCAUCCUUUUCUUUCAGGUGGCCAGCAGCUGACAAGGACAAGGAUGAAUAAAUGACUGCUUUAUUUAAAUUGACAAUGAUUAGAUGAAAAUGUAAAAAGAGAAAAAUGCAAAAUGGUAAAACUUUGAUCUGAUCAGAGUUAUUUACUACACAGUUAAGCUGCUGAUACAGUGCUCUAUUUAUUGCACCAAUAACAUAGUCAGUUUAAUAACUAUCAAAUAGAGGUUGAUGUUACUCACCCGUGGGCAAGUCUCUCAGCCUCCAGGGCCGUCCCUGAGGGGUGUUCUUACCCAAGGGAAUGAUCUUCAUGCAUCUCAAGGAGAUAUGCUGGGAAAACUGGGACUGAUCUUUUGUAGUAUGAAGAGGUUGAUUGUCCUGCAACUUUUAGAUUCUGUGUUGUCCUCAGCAGAACAUGUUUGAGUCAGAUGUUACCAGCUCUUUGGUUUCUGCUCAGAACUUCCAUCUCACUUCCCUACGAGGCUCUUCCACAUCCCUGUUGAUGCCCACCUCAGUCAGGAGGAGCACCCUCAUGAGGGACCUAAUUUAAGAGAGUUUGGUCAAGUUGGUCUCAGCAUUCUUCACCACUGAACCCAGUGUUCUACUAAACUCUCUGGUUUUUAAUCCAUCACCAAAAAUUUGUAAAUAAGACAAAGAAGGAGUUCUUUAGAGCUGUCCCAGUCCUUCCAAAUGGAACAGCUCCAGUGCCCCUGCCCCUCAUAAUGCAAUUGCUUGUUCCUCACAGCAGUCCUGUGCUCCCAGGAACAGGAGAGCUUCAUCUCCAUCCCUCACAGAGAGAGUGAGACCUCUCUGGAGCUGUGUCUGUGUCUGUAGCUCCAAUGCCUACAUUCCUACUGCUUCUAGCUCUCCCUCUUUGCUGACUGGUUUCUAGGUCUGCCUCAUAUCCAAGGUUUCAUCCAUUACAUGUAGCUCUGUAGCCUUACGGCAAAUGGAAUCUCACUGGAAAAGUGGAAAAUCAGGUGGAUGCAGCAAAAACAAUCUCCCACCUCUGAAGAAGUCAUGAGGCUCAGUAUGGACUCUGCAUUUAAUUGAGAAGAGGCCUCCAGAAGAAAAAGAAGGAUGGCAUUUUAUCUAUUUAGAUGUUUUUGCUUCAAUUGACUGGAAAUAAUAGAGCUCAAGGUCUGGGGAAGAGGCAUCCAUCCCACCCCUUCACUGUCCCACCAGCUCUGCCAUAUAACCCUGCCCCUCACUUAAUCUGCUUAUUAAAAACAUUUCCCCAAUCUUUCCAACGUUGCAGCCUCCUCCACUCAUCUGCCUCACUGCUUUCUCCAAGGGACAGGUUUUGCCCUGCCUUCCUUUCUCAAAGUCAUUUCUCUGCACUUUUUGGCCUCAGCUUCUGGAGUUCUGUGGUUUUUGCUGUGUGCACAAGUGUGUUUAAGAGGAGUAAAUAUCCCAUAUGAAGAAGAAGGGGAAUGACUUGCUCCCAUGGACUACAGACAAAAAGGUAAAAUUUAAAAAGUGAAACUGCCUGGGAAGUCUCAUCAUUUUAGGUCAUUUGUGUUACCUUGGCAUUUCCAAUAUCCUUCAGAGAUGGUGGAGGUGGUUUUCCCUGCAGUUUGAUUGCCCUCAACCCUGGAUGUCUGUGGGACAUUUCUAGGCCCACUGUUUGUCCCCUGUCACAUCCUGGCCUGUCUUGGCCACCAGCCACCCUCGUGUCCUCUGCUGUGACCACCUCAGGUGUGCGGGGCCACACUGGCUCACUGUGCAAAUCCAAGGGGACUCGAGGCUGUGCAGGUGGAUGGGCACAGGUGUCCCCUGCUGCCCUCAGCUGUCACCCAGUGCCACUGGGCCCUGCCCAGGAACCUGCCUGGCACGCUCGGGUGCGGGGACAGCCGAACUCUGCUGCCAGCACCCCAGGGCUGCCCCUGCAUCUCCCGAACACCUCCCAUGUGACUCCAGGUCACAGGGUUUGGCCACACCUGUGCCACUCACAGCUGUCUUCAUCUGUCAGCAGGAAGAAGGAAGGAAAGGAACCAGGGCAGGAAGGGGAGGAAAGAGGAGGAAACGAGAGCAGGAAGGGCAGGAAAGGAGGGAGAGAGAGAGGGAGAGGUGAGGAGGCUGCAUUCAGCAGUGAGGAGCAGAGUGGCCGAUAAGCACCGUACCUGAGGCUUCCAAUGUCUUCCUCAACUUCCACCAGCACUUUGCCCAGCGGCCUGGCCGUCCUGACGACCUUCCCAGAUGUGCUCUUCAUCCCUGAAAUCAUCUUUGGGGGCCUUGUGUGGAUCCUGGUGGCAUCCUCGAAGGUCCUAGAACCCAUGCUGCAGGGCUGGGUGAUGUUUGUCUCCGUGUUCUGCUUCGUCAUGUCCAUCUCCCUCCUGUGCCUCUACAUCUGCGGGGCUCACGGCGGCGGCGGCAGCUGCUGGGUCACCUUGGAUGCCAUCUGCCACAGCACGGCAGCGCUGUUCUACCUCAGCGCCGCCGUGCUGGAAGCCUUCAUAACCUAUGUGCUUGGCAUCUCCAUGUACCUGUCAAAGGAGUACAGAGAGAACAUUGCUGCUGUGGUCUUUGCAUUCGUGGCCACCCUGCUGUAUGUGAUCCACAAUGUGUUCUCGCUCCUGCGGUGGAAAUCGUCCUGAAAGCCUGAACAGCCCCAGGAACAACAGCUGCCCUCUCCAGGCUGGGUUUGGGGUUUGUUUUCUAAUGUAUAGCCUAGAAACAAGCAGCUUUUUAUGUGGGAUCUUGGUGAUGAAGACAAGGGGCCUGCCAGAGAAAGGAAUAUCUUGGCACAAUCUGUUUCCCUUCAAUAUCUUCCAGGCUGGGUACAGUUUGAUGCUGGGGCCAAAAAAAAAAAAAAAAAAAAAGCCAUCCAGCUUAUCCAGCUUUAAAAGAACAUAGUAUAAUUGGGUUCAAAGGGCUAAAAUAUCCCUGGACUUCACCUUUAUGUGUCCAGAGUUGUUACUGGUAUCAGGGGAAAAGUGAACAACAAACACCAAGGAGCACAAGUGUGAAACUGUCAUUUUAAUUGUUGUGUGCCCAUUUAAGUGUGUUUCCCCCCCUAAAACCGCUGUGCAAAUUAAUAUUUUCAUGCAGUUUCUGAAAAUGCCUUCUCUGACUUGCAAUGAACAAUGGGAACAAUAUUUAACUCAGCUCAGGAGCAAUGUGGAUCACUGCAGCUCCUGAAGGCUGCUGCUGAAUUCUGAGGUACAACUGUAAGUCCAGGAAUUACCACUGCCCUUGAUCCCACCCCUACAAAGCACAACCUGGAAGGGGCUCAGUGGGCUGUAGGAGAAUUCUCUGGGUGAUCAGGAUCAAAUCCUUAGUAAGCAGAGGCAAUCAACUCCUGCAUUUGGUGAAUGGCUACUCUCUCACACACUGCCACGGUGUCACUAAUAAAGAUGGGUUUGCUGUGA